UCUCUCUCACACACCCACCCAUGCAAACACGCACAUCUAGCUAGUGUAAGCUGUAGGAAGAAGGAGAAGAGUAGUGGAAUACGCAAAAUAUAAUGACGACGGACGGAUAUUCCAAAGCAAUAAGCAAAAACAAAAACAAAUAAUACUACACCAUUGAUUUCAGUUGGGAAGAUCGCAGAGCUUUUUCAACACCUGGCUUCCCUCCUCUUCUCCCAUCCGUCCUCUCCUUCCAAAUUUGCUUCCCUUUUUCUUUCACACUUAACUAUGACAUAUAUAUUCUGACCACCCACUAAUUUCCUACACACACACACUCUCUCCCUUUUAUUAACUAUUAUGAAUAUGCUGGCUUCAUUAAAGAUUGGAAAUCCCAACUCCCCCUGCCCCCACUCCUAACCAUUUCUCUCUUCAUAUCUUUUGGCUCUUUCUUCCUCUCGAAUUAAAGUUUAAAGUAAAAAAAAAAAAAUCCCUGAAUGAAGAUUGCACAAAUGUCAGCCGAAUCAUCAGUGCAAUGGUCGCUAAACGCCAGACCCACUAUAAUCUCAACCUCUUUGAUCAUAAUUACACUAUCCUCCCACCCACUCACCGAAUACCCCAAGUUUCAAUAUCACAAAAAGAGAGGAAGAGUACACAAACACACUUACUCACUCACUCAAAUAGAGAGAGAGAGAGAGAGAGAGAGAAAAAAAAAGAGAAGGCUUUUUCACAGUAGCAGAAACAGAAGAAGCAUAGCAUUGGUGUGAUUAUAUAUGGCGAUGAUGGAUAUUACCGAGGCGUAUGGAGUGAUGGCAGAUGGAAAUGCAACACUUGUUGGGGACACUCACACCACUAGUAAUAUGAUGAAUAAUGUUGCUCCUUUUCCUCCCAUUCCCAUUCCAAUUCCUAUUUCUAUUCAGCAGCAACAGCAGCAGCAGCAGCCUCACACUCAGACUCACAAUCACACUCACACCACCAAAGGAAGUCGUAGCCAGAGGCGUAGGCGUUCUUCCCUCAACUUUGCCUCCUUGGAUUUCCCAUCCUUCCUCUCCCACGUGCCGUCUCCUCCUCCCACUUUGCCCCCCGCAUGUGUACUUGAACCAACAGGGUUCAAAUUUCUCUUUGACAAGCAGCUUCAGAACAGUGAUGUCAGCUCCCUGAGGAGAAUCGUUGUGCCCAAGAAAGCAGCUGAGCGAUAUCUUCCAGCUCUUGAGAUCAAAGAAGGGUUUCCCAUCACAAUGAACGACAUGGAUGGUAUCCAUGUUUGGAGUUUCAGAUACAGGUACUGGCCAAAUAACAGCAGCCGAAUGUAUGUGCUUGAAAAUACUGGUGACUUUAUCCAAACGCAUGAAUUGCGCCAGGGAGACUACUUUGCGCUCCACUACAAUGAUCAAAAGCAGAUUUAUGGCAUUGAAGCAAGGAAAGCUGGAAGUGGACCCGUAUUCCGUGGUUAUGAAGCUGAGGAUGUGAUUUUAACAGAUUAUGCACAGGCUACAGAUGAUGGGAAUGGGAAUGGGGUGCUUAAGAAUGAAGCAGAAAUGGAUAUGUCCAGCUUUUACUUCCCUGCAAUGGACAAUGAGAUGGACAUGUCCUUCAUAUAUGAUACCAGCUUCUGGAACGAGCCUGCCUUCGAUUUUGUAGGGGGUCCUAUGACCUAUUACUCAACUAAUGUGAACCCAACGCCAAGCUUUGGGUCCAUUGAAGACAGCUUCCCCGUUGAUGAUUUCUUCUGAGGUCUGUCUGGCACAAGAA